UAAGAGGCCACUGGGUCAAAGUUUGCGUGGGGUGUGUACGUGGCAGCGCGGGGCACGCCGGGAUAGCCGCCGCCAUCUUGGUCCGUGCUCCUUGGCAGCUAAGGAAGACGUGGCGGGAUAAGACGACCAUGGAGCGUCAAAACGAACUUCUUAGCAAGGCUGAAGACGUCGCCGAUCAGAUUUUACGGCACAGCAAGCAUGUCCUCCCGCACAUCGCGCGCCUCUGCCUCAUCUCCACGUUCCUGGAGGACGGCAUCCGCAUGUGGUUCCAGUGGAACGAGCAGCGCGACUACAUCGAGGCCACCUGGGGCUGCGGCUACCUGCUGGCCUCGCUGUUCGUCUUCAUCAACCUGGUGGGACAGGUGGGAGGGUGCGUGAUGAUCCUCAGCAGACAGAAGGUGCAGUGGGCCUGCGGACUGCUCUCCGCCAUCAUCGCCCUACAGGUCUUCAUGUAUAACCUGUUUACGGAGUUUGACUACAUCUUCAGGCAACUGGCUCUGGCGGGUGCCAUCAUCCUCCUUCUCGCAGAGUGCUUCGCGGAAACCAAGCCGAUCCUCGCUGGAGUUCCCACCUCCGAGGAGGAUGAGAUGAAGAAACCGAAAACGUACCUCCAGCUGGUUGGUCGAAUCACCGUUCCGCUGAUGUUCCUCCCCCUGGUGCAGUUUGGGAAGGGUUACUUCCACGUGCUGCAGAAUCUCGUCGGGUUCGCCCUCAUGGUGCUUGUGAUGAUCGGCUACAAGACGAAGCACGCGGCGGUGGUCCUGUGUCUCCAACUCUUCGUCCUGAACGUGUACCUGCACCCGUGGUGGAUGCACCGCUGGGGCAGCGCCAUGCAGGACUACCUCAAGUACGACUUCUUCCAGACGCUGUCCGUCAUCGGAGGCGUGCUGAUGGUCGUGGUGAUGGGCCCGGGAACACUGAGUCUGGACGAACGGAAGAAAUACGAGUAACCCGGGGAACACACGUACAUGUGCACGCUACUGCCAGGCCUUUAAUACAUCUGAUCAGGGCUGUCUCCAGCUCUGACAUUUUUUCCGUUCCCACUGAUUGUUUGUUAGGCCAUGUUGUUGAGUUUUGUUUAUUGUUCAUUGAUUAAGCUGUUCAGCACACACAGCCAGGGCUACGCAACGCUAGCCUGUAGCUAUUACAAAGGGCUAGCCCUGCUGACAAAAACAGACAAUACAAAUGGAUUUGGACAAGGACAAGAUACUUAUCAGUAAAAAUAUUCUAAGUACAAAAAAAGAUAAAAAAACGUUGCUUUUAGGUGUUGAACUGUCAACUUAAGCUUAUGAAAAUACUUUUCAUAGGUUUCAUGUCGUAAAGUUCAAAUUUUUUGGACGGACAAGGUGAAAUUUUUGUCCGUCCCAACGAGCAAAUUUCCGUCUUGAGACAGAGUGACGGGUCCUGGAGACAGCCCUGCAUCUGAUAUGAUAUGUAUCAAACAGAAGCAUUUGUUAUUGAUAAAAUGUUUCAGGACUUUCUUGUAAGGCCCUAUUCAUUAAUUACCAUUGCUGAAUUUUGCAUAAGAAAUGCUGCAUUGAGAUAGCUAGAUCUUGUAGAAUUCCAUAUGGGUUAAGUAAGGUACGAGGUAUGUAUGUAAUAAGGUGUGGGGGUUAAUUUGAUGUUGUCAGGUUGCAUUUGGAGGGUUAAAUUAAAUCAAAAGACUGAAUUCAGUAGCGAAAAUGGCUCUCUUUUUGUGGAGCAUCCAGCUGUAAGGAAAACUCUUUCCAUUGUGAUUUUGUGAACAUCAGGUCUAUUUUGCAACUUGAUGUAACAAGGCCAGUUAAUGUAUGGAAUGUUCUAAAUUCUAAGUACAACGAAUUUUGGUGAGCACUGUUGCUGGUAUGGUCAAACUCAAUUUUUGAAAUUCACAGCUAGAACUUAGAUAAAUGUUGUCACUAGGGUGGGUACAAUGGUUCGGUCCUUAUUGAUAUUGCAAGCAGCAGAUAUGGAUAGUUAAAGUGAAUCGCAGUCAUUCCUAGAAUUCUUUUAACAAGUACUAUACUAAAUAGGGGUGGGUAAUGGUACAGAAAAUUCAGGGACAGGUCCAGUUUAAGUCCAGAGGAUCAGGUCCAAGUCUUGACCUGAACCUGGAACUAGUUUGUGAAAACUUGUUAAUGGGCUAUACUCAAAACAAUUUUCCACAAAGGAAUCUAUUUGGAGUAGACGAUCCCCACUGGAGUUUUAAGAUCCAUCUUCAUGUAAAAUCUUUAAGUUUGACAGUAGAAAUGACUAUAAACUCUACACUACUUCCCUGUUGUUAUUUUCUUGAACUGGUAAGCGCCUAAAUGCGUAAAAACCCUGCCAAUAUAAUCUGGACAUUUUCUAGCCAGUCCAAAAUCCGAUCUACUGGUAUUUUCAGGUCGUUUCUUUAUUACCAGACGAACAAGAAAAACGGUAUGUAUCUGUACCCACCCCUAAUACUGCACUUCUAGUAGUAGUAUCCUAGAAUGUCCAUCUUGUUGGAAAAAUAGUUUCUGCAUUAAAACUUUGAAACAGUCAAUUUCAAAGGGCAGAACACUGAUAACUAAAGGUAAAUCUUCUCAAGGAAGUUUAGUACGCUGUGUGCCAUUAACAUUUAUAAUGUGCUCUAAUAAGUACAAAUGUAUGUUCUUUUGUUUAUUUUUGCUCUGCAAACUAGAAAUAUGUGCCAAGCCACCUAAAUUUUGUAAAAUCUCUGAACUGCAGUAUUUGAAAAAGUCUCAGUUGUUUUUGUGGACUGAAAAAUGUAUGAACAUACCACUGUAUGUGUGCAUUUAGGGGAUUUUUUUCACCCAGCAAGUUUUAAAAACUUAAAGGUUAUAUUUUCUUGGUUGGAUUUGAUCUUAAACCCCUCAGAAGAUUGUCCAGGGUUCUAGCUAGUGUAUUUUAGUGUAGGCCAUUUAGGCCACCACGCUAUAAUUUAGUGACAGCCACGCUAAAUGAGGGCCACCUCCCUAAUUUUCAACUAGUGUAGUGGUACUUUGCUAAUAUUCAACUGUGGAAUAACGUCUUACUCUAGUCAAAUAUGGAAAAAACAUAUGACCCUCCAAAUUGACCAAAAAAUCCUUCAAAUUACAUGACAUUGUGUUGUAAAAAGUUUUAUGGUAAGUUCGCUCGUGGGUACCCUUAGAAUGCCAAUUUUUACCCAACAUUUUUAAAAUGUCCUCUGUGUAGUGCGGAAGGGCCAAUACCUUCCCUUCCAUAACACCACCCCCGAUUGGUUGCUUUGCUACCUUACCACAGCCAUAACACUAAAAUGAAAUCCUGGCUAGAACCCUGGACUCUGCUGAAUUUUCAUAGUAUAGUGACAAUUAAUUGUUGUAAAUGGGCCAUACUGCACAUACUGCCAAACUCCAACAAUGAGAAAAUUCACUAAGAAAUGAGUUUCAGAAAUUUGUAAUAUUUUCACAACCAACUUUUACAGGACAAGUCCUUAUUAUUCUUGACAUUUAUUUUUGUUCAUUGAUAUCUUUACAGUUUGCUAGCUUUAUGAAGAAAACUUUGGAAAUCUUUCCUUGAAGGAGCUGAUCUUUUUUUUAUACAGAACAUUAUUUUUGCUAUUCCCGCCCCCAUUACCAAUGUUACACUUGUAUUUUUUAGAAAAACCUUAAGUAAAAAACAGAAUGUAUAAUCAUGACUCAAGUUAAAGUAGGGCAUUAAAAUUUUGUACUGUAUUAUGGAUAUAAUCAUGUUUUGUGAUAGUGACAUAGAAGACUUUGUCAGUUUGUGAAUCAUGACUCAUGUUCAAGCAUUCAUGUUCAUGUGAUUAGUUAUUAAGACAUAUGACUGCUGUUUUGAGCAAGCUGUAGUUAUUUAAUGUAUGAAGGGACUAAGCAGAAUAAACAUCUUUGAAUCUUGAU